AUGAAUGAAUCGCUCUCCUCAUUUCCUCAUCGCUGCAGUAAAGUACAGCUGUAUGCCAAGUAUUGCCACGUGUUCUUCACGUUCAUAGACGGUGUACGAUUACGCCUGGGUGUAGAAUAUUUUAUUCAUCCGGAGAGGCUGCAGGAAUGCCUGGUCACGCCUGUGUACCGGACAAUCCGGCCUGCGGUUAUGUCGCACGAAAUGAAAAAGCAACGCCAUUUGAUACCGCAUCAGUCGGCAAGAGGCAAGCGCUUUUCCACCGCUCGGACGUCUUCGAGUAGGCGAAAGUACCCACGACUUAUGGAAGAGCCUGAACCUGAGUCUGAUUUUCCGGAUGAGAACGAACUUGAGAGGAGGCCCAGCGUGCUGCUGCCGCAACUUCAGGAAAGCGAGAAACAAUUCUUCGAUAUUGUUAACAGCGGAAGCGUCGCAGAGGUGAGAAAUUUCUUGGCCGGAAACGAGCGCUUCAACAUCAAUUGUGUGAACUUUCAGGGUUUUUCCGCUCUGCACGUAGCGAUCCAUUCGAAAAAUUUGCCAAUGCUGGAAUACCUGCUCUCGUUGCCAAACAUAGACCUCGGCGACACAGCUUUGCACGCGGUACGAAUAAACGAAGAACGAAUGGUCGUCAUGAUCCUGGAUCGAAUGCAGACGGUAGCUUCGAGUCUGGAAUUCGCAGGAACCACCCACAGCUCGGACUUUCUUGACGAAACGACCCCCUUGGCGGUCGCAGCUCAUUACGGGCACUACGAAAUCAUAAAACUCCUCCUGGACCGAGGACAUUUCCUUAACAGGCCUCAUCCACCCAGCUGCUACUGCGAUGAAGUCUGCAAACCUCAGCGAGCGAGCGAAGACACGUUGACCGUGGAUAAGAUGCGCCUUUUUCUCUACACAGCUGUGGCGAAUCCCUCGUAUAUUUGUUUGACUUCUGAAGAUCCGAUUCUCAUAGCUUUUGAAUUAGCUGUAGAACUGAAGGAAGCCGCAGACUACGACCGUGUAUUUUACACACCUUACCAACAACUCUCCCACGUAAGUUACACCUUUAUAAAUCACUGUCGUCCAAUCGAAGCUAUGCAAGUAUAUGGAAGCACUGUACGAGUACAUCUUCAAGUAACCGAAUACCUACCUCGAAAUUUCGAUCGCAUUCUGUUGCGUUACUUAAUUACAUUUAUGAAGGAGGCAGUUACUUUCGCAACGGAAUUAAUUGGGUGUGCCCGUACUACUGAAGAAAUCGAGAUGAUACUCAAGCAAUCAGCGGGCUUGAGUUUGUCCACAAAAUUCGUAUACCCUCGUCUAGUUCUGGCGAUGGAUUUCAAGAUCAAACCCUUUGUCGCUCAUCCCAACGUACAGCAGCUAAUGGAAACAAGAUGGCAGGAUGAUUGGUACGAGUGGAGGCUGCGAUCUAUUCCAUUGAAGGUACUGUCGAUAGCUCCGAGAAUCGUGAUGCUGCCAGUAAUCGUCUUCUGGACACUACUGGCCCCGAACUCUCCUAGGGCGAUGCACUGGUCGAUUCCGGUCAAUAAGUUUCUAUCAUUCGCCGCAAGCUAUACAGUUUUUUUGUUCUUUGUCUACGUAGUGUCCAAUAUCGAUAAAACUAAUCAAUUGCGAGGACCACCAGACAGCGGGUUCGAGGUUAUCCUGGUGAUAUACGUCGUGGCUUAUAUUUGGGGCGCCCUAAGAUUAUGCAUGAUUCACGGUCCAAAGCGAUAUUUCAGAACCCCGUGGAACUGGUACGAGGUCAUAAUGCUCGUGCUAUUUGCGCUCACCUUUUUAUUUUGGGGUGCUGCGAUGCUAGACGUUCAGCAAAACGGGCAAAGAGAUCUUGAGCGAAAGUAUUGGAACCGGUACGAUCCAACGUUGAUCGCAGAAGGCACGUAUUGCAUUGCAACCAUCAUGGCUUUCUUCAAGCUGCUAUUCGUCUGCCAAUUGGACCAUGUUCUUGGCCCUUUGCAGAUGUCACUGGUUAAAAUGAUAAACGACGUUACCAAAUUCAUCGCAAUAUUCACGAUUAUUAUCUUCUCGUUCACAGCUGGGCUGGUCCGCUUGUAUCAGUACUACGAAGGGAUGGUGCAGGUGGACGAUGUUACGAAAUUGAAAACCCAGCAGGUCAAUUCGUUUGUCAAUUUCUCAGCAACUUUGAAGACACUUUUUUGGGCAAUCUUCUGUAUGAGUCCCAUUGAAAGUGCGGAUAUCGUGAUUGAAAACUUACCCGGUGAAGCAGAAUCGAAAACCAUUAUCAACGAUCACAAAUUCACCGAAGCUGUCGGUUACGUUGCAUUCGCAUUGUUCGAGUUCAUCUCUGUAAUCGUCGUGUUGAACAUGCUCAUCGCUUGCAUGUCGAACACCUUUACCAAGAUAACAGACAACGUUUCGGUUGAAUGGAUGUUUGGCCGAACUGAGGUAUACAUCGACUUUAUGACGCAAACGUCAUUACCGGCACCGUUCAACUUAAUCCCAACGGCUUCAGCCUUCAACGGCAUAGCGGAGUUCAUCAAGGCGUGGAUCAAGCCAACACCAGAAAAAAAAGCUCGGUGGAAUUUGAAGCAUUGCUGCUACGUGGAAAGUCUCUUAGAAGAUACCAGUGAGGAUUUUCCCAUCAUCAUGAGUCAGCUGGUUCAACGUUAUUUCCGCAAGAAGGAUACUGAAAUUGGAGAAGCGGCGGUGGAGCCCAUCCAAAAAGAGCUUGUCGAACUAAGAAGCCUUCUUCGUGAAGCCCUUUCGCCAGCCUAAACAAUUUUCUGUAGUUUUCAGAAAUUACUAAGUUUAAGUAACGGCAGAACAGCAAUAAGAAAAGAAGUGUUGAAG